UCUGCUCUUGCUCUCUCUCACACUUAAAUUAAUUUUCUCUCUCUUUUUCUGCCUGAGAUGUCAUCUCUGCUGAGGGAGGAGAUGGACAGAGUCUUGUUCAGACCUGAGGGACAGAAGCUGAAGGAGUUUAUAGAAAUAGAGGAGAAACAACAGGGACGACAUUUUCUCUGCGUUUCUAUAUCUAAGGAUAAAGAAGCUCAAAUCUCAGUCGUCCUGUGUCGGAGAGUUAAACCUUCUCGUACCAAUAAGCUGCAGAAAUCUGGGCUGGAGGACAGUUAUGAAAAAACAGAGAUCUGGGCCCUGGAAGAUCUGCUGAUUCUGGAUGGUAGAGAUCCAGAUACUGAUGAUCCCUGUUUCUUGAUGCAUUUCGACACGGUGCGGUCGGUCAGAGCAGUGAGCUGUGCUGCAAAAUACACGCUGGCCCGCUGUCUGCUGUCCCUGAGCAGGAAGUAUCACCACACAACAUUAAAAUUAAAGAACUUUGACUUGAUGUACAUUCAGCCCACUGCAAUGUAUUCAGAUCGUGGUGACUGUGUUGUCCUUGCACAGAUCUGUUUCUAUGCCUUUAAUCUGGUGUGUCUUUCCUUGUGUCCUGUGCCUCUGGCAUAGAGACAUUUUGAUUAAUCUUCUUAUUUAAUUAGAUUUCUUUUAAACUGGCCCUAAAAACCUAAACCCUUGAUGCUGACAAUAAAAAGUUCAUUUCAGUGUUAUCUGUACUGCCCUUGGGGAGUGUACAAAGACCAUGCUUUGUGUUUUGAGCACUUAAGCCAUGCUUUGAGCACUCAGAUCUACAGUAACUGUAACAUAACGCCACAUUGUGAGGGAAAUCCAAUUUGUGCAUGUGCAAAUGCAACACAAAAGAGUGUUUCUGAUGAGUAAUGCUGUGACUUCAUAAGUGUAAUAAAUGCUAUGUGACAGGUUUGCAUGUUUUAGAUGAUUAAUUAAGCAAGCUAUGUAUUCAAUCAUUUCAAAAAGUGAACCGCGAGACAAACUUUAUUACAGUAUUCACCAUUUAAAUAAUCUUGCCAUCUGGUGAAACAUCUAUUGCUUUCUCAUUUCUUGCAGUGUGCUUUACAUGUUACUA